AUGUCUAGGGUUUCUGCGAAUCCUUCUCCCUCACGCUUACACUCUAUGGCUUCCACCGUCAAAGCCUACGCGCUCCCUUUUCUUCUCUUCGCUGGAGCCAUGUUCUAUCAGCUCUUCAUUAUUCCCAAUGCCUUCCCUCCUUCUCAUUACGACGUUUUGCAAAUUGAGAGCUAUAGUUCGGUUGACAAAGUGAAGGAGGCUUACGACAAGCAUGAAUCUAAAUGUGGUAGAUGUGAAGGUAAUCUAAACAAAAUUGAACAUUUGUUAUGUGCAUGGAUUGAAAUUGCGUUGAAUUCUUCCGAGGAAGAUUUUGAUAUUCAUGAGGUUUUAAAGAUUCGAUAUGCUUAUGAGUUGCUGACAAAUCCUUUAUGGAAAAGGGACUAUGACAUAUUGGGAAUUGAUGAACAACUUCAUAUUGUUGAGAGUGCCAGCAAGCGUUAUGCAGGGAAACAUAUUUCAGAAUUGAACUUCCCUUUACUACAGGCCCGAACUGGUUAG